AACACUAUUAAGUGCUUAUGAACCAGUAAUAGAGAAACCGACCUGGCGCCUGGAAUGAGAAGGAUGUGUGGAAGGGAACCCGGACAAGAAUUAAGCACUGGGACGCUAGCACAGACAUGAUAAAGAAUCAACCAGCAGUCGAACCCCCUUCACUUUCCCGAGAAAAUCCAUCACUAAGAUGGGCAGCAGAGGAAGAGCAGCAGAAAUGCCAAACAACGCAGCCCUGUCAUCCUCAUCUGCAAGCAACAUCAACAGAAGCAGGACAAUUGCUCAGUACAAUGCAGAUGCUUGGCUUCUGAGUGAGUUUGAGCACUCUGGUGAUUCUGGCAAGCACUUUCAUUACUCUAGAUCAGUGAUACAAGCUCCUCAAUCUGUCCCAGAGGAAGAGAUUACUGCUUAUCUUUCUAUAAUCCAAAGGGGUGGUUCUGUACAACCCUUUGGCUGUUUGAUUGCUUUUGAAGAACCCAGCUUUAGAAUCAUUGGUUACAGCGAAAAUUCGAUCGAGUUGUUGGGUCUCAACACUCUUGUUGGGUCAAAUCAGUCGAGUGAUUUGCUUGGAAUUGAUGCUAGAACCCUUUUUAUCCCAUCAUCUGCAGCUUCGCUUUCAAAAGCUGCUACUGGAGAACUCUCUUUUUUAAACCCAAUUUGGGUCCAUUCUAGAUGUACCCAGAAACCAUUUUAUGGCAUACUCCACCGAAUUGAUGUGGGAAUUGUCAUUGAUCUGGAGCCUGCCCGGUCAAGCGACCCUGCAUUGUCGCUUGCUGGGGUGGUGCAGUCGCAGAAGCUCGCUGUUCAGGCAAUUUCUCGGUUGCAGUCACUUCCUGGGGGGGAUCUUGGUGUUUUGUGUGACACAGUUGUGGAAGAUGUUCAGAAGCUUACCGAGUAUGACAGGGUUAUGGUUUAUAAGUUCCGUGAAGAUGAUCACGGUGAAGUUGUGUCAGAAAUCAGGAGGUCUGAUUUAGAACCAUAUUUGGGAUUACAUUACCCCGCAACAGAUAUUCCUCAGGCUGCCCGGUUCUUGUUCAAGCAGAAUCGAGUUAGGAUGAUAUGCGACUGUCGUGCAAAUCCAGUCGCUGUGAUUCAGAUUGAAGAAUUAAAGCAGCCACUUUGCUUGGUCAAUUCGACGCUUCGGUCACCCCAUAGCUGCCAUAUGCAGUACAUGGCCAACAUGGGCUCCAUUGCCUCACUAGUGAUGGCAGUUGUUAUCAACACCAAUGAUUCAAUGAAGCUUUGGGGGUUGGUCGUGUGCCACCACACUUCCCCCCGUUAUGUUCCUUUUCCCCUUCGCUAUGCUUGCCAAUUCCUCAUGGAGGCAUUCGGGCUUCAGCUCAGCAUGGAGCUUCAAUUGGCAGGUCAGUUGGCAGAGAAGAAGAUGCUUAAGGCACAAACCUUAUUGUGUGAUAUGCUUCUCCGAGAUGCUCCAUUUGGCAUUGUUACUCAAUCCCCUAGUAUUAUGGAUCUCGUGAAGUGUGAUGGGGCUGCAUUGUAUUAUGGUGGGACAUGCUGGUUGCUUGGUGUGACUCCAACUGAAUUACAGGUGAAAAAUAUUGCAGAGUGGUUGCUCAAAACCCAUGGGGAUUCUACAGGUUUAAGUACUGAUAACUUAGCUGAUUCUGGUUACCCUGGUGCUGCAUUGUUGGGUGAUGCAGUUUGUGGAAUGGCAACUGCAAGAAUCACUUCAAAAGAUUUCUUGUUUUGGUUCAGGUCUCACACCGCAAAUGAAUUAAAAUGGGGAGGAGCAAAGCACGAUCCAAAAGAUAAAGAUGAUUGUGGAAGAAUGCAUCCCAGAUCUUCAUUUAAAGUUUUUCUUGAAGUUAUCAAAUGUAGAAGUCUGCCUUGGGAGGUUUCAGAGAUUGAUGCUAUUCACUCUUUACAGCUUAUAAUGAGACAAUUACUUCGGGAUGUUAAGGACCGCAGUUUGAAGUCCAGGACUAAUUCUAAGAUGCAGGGGAUCAAUGAACUCAGUUCUGUGGCGUGUGAAAUGGUUAGGUUGAUAGAGACAGCAACAGCUCCAAUAUUUGGGGUUGAUUCAGAUGGUCUAAUUAAUGGAUGGAAUGAAAAAAUUGCUGAAUUGACAGGAUUACAUGCUAGUGAAACUAUGGGGAAGUCCCUGGGGAAUGAAAUUGUUCAUGAAGACUCGCGUGCAGUUGUUCAGAAACUUCUAUGCAGAGCUUUACAAGGUGAGGAGGACAAAAAUGUUGAGCUAAAACUGAGAAAUUUUGGGCGAAAUCAACAAAACUCAGCUGUAUAUAUUGUUGUUAAUUCAUGCACGAGUAGGGAUUUCACAAACAAUGUUGUUGGGGUGUGUUUUGUUGGUCAAGAUAUCACACCUGAGAAGGUUUUCAUGGACAAAUUCAUCCGCUUGCAAAGGGAUUACACAGCUAUUAUACAAAGUCCUAAUCCAUUGAUUCCACCUAUAUUUGCUUCUGAUGAGAAUGCCUGCUGUUCUGAGUGGAAUGCUGCCAUGGAAAAUAUAACUGGUUGGAAGAGACAUGAAGUCAUUGGUAAAAUGCUUCCUGGGGAAAUUUUUGGAUGUUUUUGCCAGCUGAAAGGAAAGGAUUCACUCACUAAAUUUAUGAUUCUAUUGUAUCAAGGAAUUAGUGGGCAAGAUUUUGAGGAGUUCCCAUUCAGAUUUUUUGACAGGAAUGGAAAAUUUGUGGAGGUGCUCUUAACGGCUAAUAAGAGAACUAAUGUAGAUGGGAAUGUGGUUGGGUGUUUCUGUUUCUUGCAUAUGAUUGCUCCUGGCUUGGAGCAGGGUGUCAAAGGACAAAAGCAGGAGGAAAGACAGUACUUCCCAACUAACAAGGAGUUGGUUUACAUAAGACAAGAGAUAAAAAAUCCUUUGAAUGGAAUUCGGUUUACCCACGAUCUCCUGGAAUCCUCAGCUGUUUCAGAUGAUCAGAAGCAAGUUCUUGAGACCAGCAAUGCAUGUGAGAGACAGAUGAUGACAAUCAUUGAGGAUAUGGAUUUGAGAAGUCUAGAGGAGCAGAGCAUGGAGCUAAACAUGGAAGAGUUUCUCUUGGGAAAUGUUGCAGAUGCCAUUGUUACUCAAGCGAUGAUAUUGUUAAAGGAAAAGAACUUACAGCUAGUUCAUGAGAUUCCAGAGGAAGUCAAAACGCUAUGUCUGUAUGGCGAUCAAAUUAGACUUCAACUGGUCUUAUCAGAUUUCUUGCUUAAUAUAGUGCAUUAUGCACCUUCUCCAGAUGGCUGGGUAGAAAUAAAAAUUUCACCUGGUCUGAGGCUGAUAAAGGAUUGUGUUGAAGUUUCUCAUAUACAGUUCAGAAUUACUCACCCUGGCGAGGGAAUUCCAUCUGCUCUCAUCCGGGACAUGUUUGAAGAGGGGGAUCAGUGGACUACACAAGAAGGCCUUGGACUGAACACGUCUCGGAAACUUCUUGACAUGAUGAAUGGUCAUGUACAGUAUGUUAGAGAACAUAACAAUUGUUAUUUCCUCAUUGGCCUUGAACUUGAAACAAGGAAACCUAAACAACAGGGAUCGCGGGUUGGUGCAAGCAGGAUGACAUGAAGUCUCAUGAAAGGGUUCUCGGGUAUUUGUCUAUGCAAAAGCAUUCAUUAUGACCCAAAACGGUGUGGCAGGUCCCAGUGAAUUCCCUUUAGUAAUGGAUCCAUUUCCUUUGUACAUUAUGCAUUUGUCAAAAUGCACCAUUGUGUGAAAAUUAGUUCUGUGCUGCUGCAUGCCCCCCUUACUUGUGUAUGGUUGUAUAUGAUCAACUUUGGUGCGUAACUGUAUGUGUGAAUGUAUCUCUUGUUUUGGAAUAGAAAUGGUGAAAUCAUGAUUUAAGAUUUA